AUGACCGACAUGGCCGACAUGACCGACACAAAGGAUCAUGCUCAACAAGCUCCGUCGGAAUCAAAUCCGUCCCUCAGCCAUAUUCCUCGCCAACCUUCAUGGACCGGCUCCGUCGACGACAAUAACGCCAAUACCUCGCCUUUGCACGGUCGCAAGAGGUCCGCCGAUCAUCUGCCCGCAGAGCCCCACGUUUCGCGCAAAGGUCGAGCCUGUCUGGCCUGUCGCAAGUUGAAAGUCAAGUGCGACAGCCUGGAACGGGGUGACGCUGGUUGCUCGAGAUGCCAGCGCCUGGGCCUGGAUUGUAUUACCUCGAAGCGCAUGAGAGUGAGUCUGGACGACGAUGGCGAAAACCCUCACCCGUCCAUUGUUCGGCUCGACAGAGCUGUGGAGGACAUUCUCUCCCGGCUGAAAAUGCCUCCACUGGAAGCUUACUCUCGCACUCAUCCAUCCCAACACCUGCAACCACCGCCGCUACCUAUUCCUGCCGAAUCCAAUGCACAGACGACGCGGGAAAACUCUCGCGAGCCGAACCAAGAAGAUGCCCAAGAAGUCGCUCCCGCCCCAAUGGGCAGCUUGUACGAGGUCACCCAGCUCAACACCCUGCGGAGCCGCCUAAAGUAUGGCGACCCGGCGCGUCGCAACUCCAAGAAGAAUAUGGAGAACGACCUCGUCUCCAUGGGGGUUAUCAGCGUCGAAGAAGCCGAGGAGAUGUUCAGCUUGUUCAAGAAGACCCUCUCCCGCUAUCUAUUUGAUGCCACCGUUAACGAAUCCCGCACACUGCUCUCGGUUCGCGAGUCCUCGACUCUGUUCUUCACAGCCAUCAUCACUGUCACGUCGCUCCACAUCCCAGGCAAGGAGAAGAUCCACGCGUCUGCCCACAAGCAUCUAAGAGACCUCAUCGCCGCUUCCUUCUUCGACCGCUUCCAUACCCUCGAGGACAUCCGCGCUCUAUGCAUUGCAGCAUUCUGGCUUCCGGAUCUCAGCUGGAAACUCUCCGGACAUUGCGUGCGUAUGGCCACCGAGCUUAACCUGCAUCAAGCCUUCUUCAAGGCCCUCUACUCGCAGAAGCAGUCGGCAAGUGAACGCGAACACUCCUUCGAGCGGGCCAGGUUAUGGUAUCUCCUUUACGUCCUCGAUCACCACUUCAGUAUCGCGUACGGCCGACCACCGGUGACGGCAGAGCUGCAGGCCAUCAAAGAGUACGAUGUCUUUCUCAACGCCCCUGAAUGCACGCCGUCAGAUCGAAGGGUACUAUCACAGGUCACGUUGUUUAUUAUUUUGAGUAAAGCGUACAACCACUUUGGCUUGGAAGCCGAGAGACUGAUGGAUGGCGACGAUGUCACACUUCUCACCCACCAACGCUUCAUCGAGGAUCUGCAUCGCUGGAGGUAUCAGUUCAGGCAUGCCUUGAAUAGAGAUGCUCAUGUAGGGGAUUAUCCUGCUGUCGGCGUCGAACUCCACUACAACUUUGCGUCGAUGAUGCUCAACUCCCUCGCCCUACGAGGUCGCUCCCUCUUCACCAUCUCCUCCACAUCAACUCUCCCCACGUCUCUGCGGCCACUUGCAUCCCACGCCAUCUCCUCGGCGCAUCAAAUCCUGAUCAUCGUGCUUGAAGAACCGUCCAUUCGGGACUCGAUGGUCGGUGUGCCGCUCUACUUGCACACCGUGAUCGCCUUCGCGGUGGUCUUCUUGAUCAAGAUGUCAAGUCGGUGGACGGGGAUAGGCGUGAGCAUCGACGCGGAGGCCAAGACGAAACCUCUGAUCGAGAAAGUCAUCGAAUUGUUCCGGAGUUGCAAGGCAGGCAAGGGACAUAUCCUGUAUGCAAUGGCCGACGGGUUCGAGCGAUUGCUGAGGCGGAACCUCGUCGGCAACGACCAGCUUUCAAGAGCUGCCGGCGCGGAAAACGGUGUCGCGGGGUACGCGUCCCUCGACGCCGCGGCGGCGAUGGGAGCGCGACAGAACGGCCGCUCAUACGCCGGCCACGUUCAAGGACAAUCGUCAUAUGCGAACCAACACCCCUCGGACCUAUACGCCUCGUCCCAAACAAACACGCCCUCCCUCCUCCCUCAGCAACACACCACGGCCUCCCCGACGCCGUUCACGCCAACAGGUGGCGCCGCGCAACAACAACAGCAACAAGCGCAGCAAUCCAACGGCGCCGGCAAUUUCGACCCCUACGCCCUCUCCCCGCACUCCCAGCCCACCUCCACCUCCGCGGGCACCUUUGGCGGCUGGCAGACCGAGGACGACAUGCUGUGGAGCAUGGGCAUGGGUUACGACCUGCUGGCCACGGCGCCGGACGUCAAUGCUCACGGCUUGGGCGCUUUUGUAGGCUGGCCUGGCGGCGGCGGCGGCGGUGGUGGCGGUGGGGGGAGCAUUGAUUCGUAUACCCAGGGGUUGUGA